AUGGGUACAGAGCGGGUAGGGAAAAAUUUCAUUGAUCUUGUGUUGAACCGUGGGCCGAGCCUGACUCCACCGAGCCUACACCAAUCCCCAUUACAGAGGAUGAUCCGGUUGUCUAGUCUUCAUGAGUUCCUCCAACUCCUCCUCCCUCGAAGACAACUACCAAACAGGAUCCCACUGAACAAGCUAGUGACAAGGCUCCUUCUCCUAAUGUCUAAGUGGUGUGACGACAACAUAGCAAGAAUGGUUAGGAGGAGACUCUUGAAUGACUUUUACUCCGAGGUGGCUAGGAUGAGACUCUUAGAUGACCCUUACUCCAAGGUGGCUAGGAGGAGGCUCUUGGAUAACCCUUACUCCAAGGUGACUAGGAAAAAGCUCUUGGAUGACCUUUACUUCAAGGUGGCCAGGAGGAGGCUCUUGGAUGACUCUU